CCCUCUUCUCUAUUUAAACCCUCUGCAUCCAUCCAUUCCUUCCCCAACGCGCUCUAAUGGCUUCCGAGAAAGUUGAAACCGUAAUCGCAGGCAAUUACGUUGAAAUGGAGAGAGAAGAAGCUGAAUCUUCAAGCUCCACUAAGUCCAAGCUCUCUGCACUCUUCUGGCAUGGCGGCUCUGUUUAUGAUGCUUGGUUCAGCUGUGCUUCAAAUCAGGUCGCUCAAGUGCUACUCACACUUCCAUAUUCAUUCUCCCAACUGGGAAUGCUUUCUGGGAUUCUCUUCCAGCUCUUCUAUGGUCUAAUGGGAAGCUGGACUGCUUAUCUUAUUAGUGUUCUUUACGUUGAAUAUCGAACCAGAAAGGAACGGGAGAAGGUUGAUUUCAGAAACCAUGUCAUUCAGUGGUUUGAAGUUCUUGAUGGGUUGCUUGGGAAGCACUGGAGAAAUGUGGGCUUGUUUUUUAACUGCACUUUUCUCCUCUUUGGAUCUGUGAUUCAGCUGAUAGCUUGUGCGAGUAAUAUCUAUUACAUAAACGACAAUUUGGACAAGAGGACUUGGACGUAUAUCUUUGGCGCUUGCUGUGCUACCACUGUCUUCAUUCCUUCUUUUCACAAUUACAGAAUUUGGUCGUUUCUUGGUCUUGUGAUGACUACUUACACUGCUUGGUAUAUGACCGUUGCUUCCCUUAUCCACGGACAGGUUGAGGGAGUGAAGCACUCGGGGCCUAGUAAAAUGGUUCUGUACUUCACUGGGGCUACCAACAUUCUUUACACCUUUGGAGGACAUGCUGUAACAGUGGAGAUAAUGCAUGCCAUGUGGAAGCCCCAGAAAUUCAAGCUCAUUUACUUGAUGGCAACGCUCUACGUGCUUACACUGACACUGCCAUCAGCUUCAGCUGUCUAUUGGGCUUUUGGCGAUGACCUCUUAACCCAUUCAAACGCUCUUGCUUUGCUCCCAAGGAAUGGCUUUAGAGACACUGCCGUCAUCCUCAUGCUCAUCCAUCAGUUCAUAACAUUUGGGUUCGCCUGCACACCUCUCUACUUUGUGUGGGAGAAAUUCUUAAGAGUACAUGAAACAAAGAGCUUGAUCAAGAGAGCUCUCACGAGACUACCGGUCGUGAUACCGAUAUGGUUUCUCGCAAUCAUUUUCCCAUUCUUCGGACCGAUCAACUCGACGGUCGGAUCCCUUCUCGUUAGCUUCACCGUCUACAUAAUCCCUGCUUUAGCUCACAUGGUCACUUUUGCUUCUCCAUCAGCCAGAGAGAAUGCAGUGGAGAGAGCUCCAUCAUUGUUGGGUGGCUGGGCAGGGCUAUACUCUGUGAACAUAUUUGUGGUGGGGUGGGUCCUGAUUGUGGGAUUUGGGUUUGGAGGGUGGGCUAGCAUGCUCAACUUUGUUCAUCAAGUUAGCACAUUUGGGCUAUUCACCAAGUGCUAUCAGUGCCCUUCUCCCAAGCACUGAGCUGAGAUAAAGUGAACAUAAGUAUGUUUGUGUGUAAAGAGAUUGGGAAUCCCUUAAAUUUUUCUUCCUUUUUUGAUGUAUUGGUGAUGAUUUUAAGACAAGGUGUGAUGGCAAUGUCGGCCACCCCUACACAGACACUCCAGCUGAGUUUGUAGCUGGUGAGUCCUUUAGCUUUCCCUUUUUGAUAUUAAAAACUCUGUUAAGUCUUGUUCUUCAUGAAUAUGAGAUUCUAUUCAUCAUUCGAUC